GAAAAUACAAAAUUACCCACAAUCCUUCAACUAAAAUGGUAAAGUUAAUCUUGAUUAAGAAUUGAGGUUAACUUAUUAGCUAGAAGGAGAUGAGAUAUAAUAGAAGGCAGACAUUGGUUUAAACUGGUGUAGCAUGGCAUCACGACAUAGACGGGUUCACAAGAGAGCUGAAGAAUACGACACCUACAGCAGUGAUACUGAUUAUUAUUCAGAAACUGACGAUAGAAGAAAAGCCUGUAUCAAGCGUACUAGUUCUCUUGGUGCCCCUCGGUCAAAACCCUGCCUUGUAAAUCGUGCCAGAUCUGCAAGUUUUGAGAAUUCUAGUAAUGACGAUGGUGAUGUAAGUGUGUCAUCAGUUAACUCAACUCCUGGACGCUCGGCUAGAUCACAGAGAGUGCCUGUCAACCUCUUAGUAAAUCUUCCUGUAAAUGGUGCUUCAAAUUAUGAACCAUACAUGGAUGACCCUGCAGAAGAUUGUAAAAAUGCUGUGGUUCUAAAUAACAAGAAGCCAGUAAUGGGACAACCUCGGGACACAUCGAGUCCCAGGCUUGGGGAGAGAAUCACCCUUCUCGUUGAUGGCAAAAGAUUUGUUGUUGACCCAGAAUUGUUUAGACAACAUCCCAAUACCAUGUUGGGCAGAAUGUUUACAUCUUCAAUGGAGCAUAACUUCACACAUCCCAAUGAGAGAGGGGAGUAUGAGGUGGCUGAGGGGUUCUCUUCAUCUGUAUUUAGAGCUAUAUUGGACUUUUACCGUGAAGGUGUGAUUCGAUGCCCACCUAAUGUAUCAAUACAGGAGCUGAGAGAGGCUUGUGACUACUUGCUCAUACCUUUCGAUUCGAUGACAAUCAAGUGUCAAAAUCUUAGAUCUUUGUUACAUGAGUUAUCUAAUGAAGGUGCUCGCCAACAGUUCCAGGUGUUUGUAGAGGAGAUGAUUCUACCACAGAUGUGCGAGUGUGCACAGCGUGGAGAUAGGGAGUGUCAUAUUGUGGUGCUAUGCGAUGAUGACAUUGUGGAUUGGGACGAGGAAUACCCACCACAAAUGGGAGAUGAUAAUCCACAAAUUAUAUACAGUGGACACAUGCACCGAUUCUUUAAGUACAUUGAAAAUAGAGAUGUAGCGAAACAAGUCCUCAAAGAAAGAGGGCUGAAAAAGAUCAAAAUUGGAAUUGAAGGUUACCCAACUUACAAGGAGAAGAUAAGGAGAAGGCGAGGUGGACGACCUGAAGUGAUUUACAACUAUGUUCAGAGGGUGUUUCUGAGAAUGUCCUGGGAGAAGGAGGAGGCAAAGAGCCGACAUGUAGAUUUCCAGUGCGUCAAGUCAAAAUCUAUUACAAACAUCGCCGAGGCUUCGGCUGAUAUUGCCAUCGACCAGCCUGCCCCGCCCACUCCCGCUGUACUACAACAACAAGGUGCUGACGGCUCCAUUCAAGUGAUCCCGCCCCAGCCCUCCCCGUCGGAACCCUACGUGGAUAUAGAUCUUCUCCAGGAAGGGGACGUAGAGUAGCAGACGUCGCAGAUUUGUACAUUGCUCAACAUGCGGAUUGAAAAAAGAGAGAAUUUCACAAUAUGUGUAAAGUUCAUAGAUAACUUAACGCUAAUAUCUGUGUUUUAUUCUUGUUAAGUAGAUGGCAAAACGCUUUUGUACCAAUAUCUCUUAUUCAUUCCUAGAGGCAUAUCUAUAUAUACUUAUAUCUAGAUAUAUGGAUAUACUUACUAUAGUACGCUCUGUUUAUGUUUGCAUUAAGACUGACCUAUUAGUCGUAUACAAUUUUACAUGUAUAUGUUCUAUUACAUAUAUUAUAUAAAUAUAUAUGUGUGUGAUAAUAUAUAUGGUUUUAUAGGGAAUGUCUUGUUGACAGUGGCAUUGUUGCUGUAGUGGACAUACAUGUAUGUCGGUAAUGGUCUGUAAAUUUCUGAUGGGCAGUGAGCUGCGAGUGAGCAAUCGAACAAGCUUCGGACUGAUAUUUGUAUUUUAGAACAAAACAUUAUUGACAGUUAUCAAGAACGAUUUUAUAAAUGAUAUAUUUGUUAUGCCAUCAAUAUAGUAUAAUAGGUAUAAUCAAAGCAUUUGAUGUUCAAAGAUUUGAUAGUGUUUCUUACAACCAGUGAUUUUUCUCACUUAAAUUGGAAAAAUAAUAGCUAAAAAUGCUAAUUUUGGAAGUAAAAAAGCAGGUUUAACUUCAGAUUUUUGGGAAUACUGCAUGAUUUUUUCAGAAAAUUUCAAUUGGGUAGAGGCUUUUUAUCGUAGUCUGUUAUAUAAGCAGAAAAAAACACUGACAACAUACACAAUUAUGAUCUUAGUCAUUUUGCAAUUAUCAUCGAAGAUUACAUACAUGUUUAACAUUAGAGGAAGUAUAUAAUUAUAGAAUUAAAUCUUACAGAAGCAUUAAAUGCAAAAAUUAAAAAUUAGGCAUUUUUAACAAUUCAACUAUCAGUGCCUUGUAAUGUACAAAAAUCAAAAUAAUAUAAUAUCGGUUGGUAAGUGGUUAUUUUCUACCCAUUAGUUUGAUUUUAAUGGUGUUAUCUGUUAUGAUAAAGGAAAUAUGUUGAUUUCUGUUUUUUUAUAUACCAGUUUUUUUUUUUUUAACUCCUUGUUUUCAGUGUAAUUAUAGGAUGAUAUUUGUUAUGAAUAGAAAGAGAGUCGAGGAAUUCUUAGGUGCGUUAUGCAUUUUAUUAUAUAUGUAUUUUUUUUACUUUUUUUUUCUGAUAAAAUAUAACAUAGAUUUGGUUAGAUAAUUAUUUGUAAAUAUUCACAAAAGGGAUUGAAACUGUAGAUAUAUAGUUAGUUGGACACAAUGUUUUUAUCUAAGGGAUAUAGGUAAGAUUUUAGGGCUAAGAAUUUAUGAGAUACCAUUUUCAAGGUGUUUUGUGUACCUUAAUUGUGCUGAGUUGUUAAAGUUAAAGAACAACACUUUGUUAAAGUUUAGGAUAGUUAAAAUUUACAAUAUGAUACAAUCAUUUUAACAUGCAUGUGGGAAUAGAUUAUACAUUGAAUUCCACAUUAAUGAUAUUAUUUGGUUACUUAUCUUUUAGAUUUAGUAUGUAAAUCAAGGAUUGACAAAGAAACAGGAGAUGUUAAAUUUUUGGAAGUUUAUACGAUAUGAGGGAUUUUUUAGAAAUUUUUAUAUAAGUUCAUGUGAUAAAAUAGGUUUAAGCUUAUAGAAACAGAUGAGACCAUGGGUUUAAGCUUAUUGUCUAAAACAUAUUGUAAGUUAAGAUGAUAUGAGGGAUGUUAAGCUUAUUUUACAGACAUAUUUUGGUGUAGUGAUGGUUUUAAGUGUAUAGGUGUGUUUUAGAAUUUAUAUAUUUGUACACAAUAGUUUAUGUAUAACAUUAUCUAUAUAUAUUUUUGGUUGUUGUCAAGUGGUUAUUUUAUCAAGAGCCAGUUUGUAAUAUUGUCUAUUUGACAGACCUCAGUACAACAGGGUCAGUUUAGAAUAAUGUAAUCUCAUAUCCAAAUGUAAAAGAUCAUUUUUCUGUCGGAAAAUUUAAACUAAAUAUUGGAUAUGAACAAAAGUAAGAAUUAAAAAAAGUAAAAAUAAGAGACAAUAUUUCGUACAGGCAAAAGAUAGAAUUAAAGAAUGAAAAUUAAGUAAAAAUUGUUACAUUAGUAACAAAAUAAGAAAAUACAUAUCUGAAGUAAUUAUCGAGUGUAGGCAAAAGUAAGAUAUAGAACUGUUACCGGUUGCUUGGAUUUUUGGUAUAUAACAAGUGAUAUUAGGUUGUUAAGGGAGGUAAUAAGAAAUGAUAUUUCCCUGUAAGUUUAGAAUUUCGAUCAACAGUAAAAUUCCUGAGGAAAUAAAUUAACUGAACACAUAGGCCUCUUUAAAGUUUACCAACUCCGGCAAAGGUAGCAAGCAAACACAUCUACACCAGAUAGUUUUUAGAAAUAAUUUAAUCUACCAGUUUUGAACAAAAUAAAUUAAUCUUCCAGUUUUGAACCUAUAGUUCUUUCGUUCAUUAUAUUAUGCAUGAAAUUCAUCUAAUUUGACUGCAUAAAAAUCACACACUUGCACAAAAUAUAUUGAAAUAUCUUGGCACAGUAUUUGUAGAUUCGAGUUCGCCAGUGUAGAUUUUAGAUUUUACGGGUAUAAUUAGGUAAGACAAAUUUCUUCACGCUUUUGGAGAGGCUGAUUUUAUUUUUAUUGUAUCUUGUAAAAUAUUUCUCGAUAUUGUAAACUUGUGUUCAGUCUAGGCUUAUAUUAUUUCAAAUGGUUUCAAAGAAUGUGAUGUAGAAUUUUUGUAAUACUUCUUUCUGUUUAUUUCAUCGUAACUUUGAAUUGUUAGUGUGUAUCAUUUUUAAUGGUCUUUUAUCAUGUACUUGUAAAAGUUUCAAAAUAAAAAAAAACUAGGGAAAAAUAGAACAUUUAUAUAUUAAAAAAUCAGUAUUCAUUUUCAUAAAUCAAUACCUUUUUAUAACUAAAAUAGAUAAAACUAAACUUUUGAAUAAAAUUUCUUGCAAAAGAAUUUCGAUACAUUGGAACCAUUUUUUUCUUUUUCUUAUGUUUUACCAAAAUAUUUGAUACGUUGCACAAUUUCAUAUAAUUAUAAGUGUAUUUUAGUGGUAUUUGUGUGUAUAUAAAUUUUCAUGUAUAUUUAUAGGUACAUUAUUUAAAUAUAGCCAUAUUAAUCUAUAAUGUCCACAAGUUACUGUCUGUACACAAUUUUAUUAUAUAUGGUAUUUUGAUAUAGUAUCUUUGGCUUGGAGAUUUUGAAAAAUAAUGACAAAAGGUAACCAACAAUGAAAAGACACCAGUAUUUUACUCAAAUUUUGAUUGAAUUCAAAAUGCAUGUUGAAAUCAAAAUGCAUGUUUGAAAAAAAAUUCAUUUUUUUUUUUUGUAAAAGAUUUUUUUUUACCUGGACUAAGCCUGGAUGAUAAUUAGGCAUUUUAUGUAAGCUGUAGGGGUGUAGAUUGUUAAGGGGAUUCUUUUAUUUUUUGAAUUGAACAUAAAAAUAAAUACUGCCUUUAUAUGUGUACUUUGUCUAUAGAGCAGUAAUGUGUAGGGUUGUCAUUGAAGUUUAAAAUGAAAAUAUGAUUUUUAGAAACAGGACAUAUUUAAAUUUUGAAAGAGACUUUAAUGUAUUUUUUUUUAAAUGGAUACUAUUAAAAUUUUGAAACGGGCUAUAUUUUAAGUUUGAAACAGACUUUGUUAAAUUUUUUAAAUACAUUUUGUAUAACUAUAUCAUAAUAAUUCUGAAAUAUAUUAUAAUAUAAUUUUCAAAAACAGACUUUAUUGUAAAUUUGAAACAGAUUAUAUAUUAUAAAACUUAAAAUAGGUUUAUUAUUCUAAAACAGAUUAUAUUAUAAAGUCUGAAAUAGGUUAUAUUAUAAUUUUGAAACAGAUUAUAUCACAGUUUUCUGACAGAGAUACUUUCUGUAAUUUGAAAACAUAUUUUAUAUAUUAUAUUUUUCAUAUUAUAUAACUGAACAUUUUAUAUGAUGAUGCUAGUCUUUAUUGUCUAAUUGUGAAUCAAUUAUUGAAGAAAGUCUUAAAGCAGCAUGCCUCCUGAUUCAUGCUAAAUUUCAAAAAAAAAUUAAAAAUAUAUUUAAAAGUGAAAUAUUGUGAAGUGAUUAAAGAAAGUAAUGCAUUGCUAAUGGCACUUACAACCAAGUUAAAUACCCAAAAGUGGUCAAAAUAUGAAAAAAUAGCCCUUACAGCUUUAGUCACACAGUUGAAAUAUGGUGAAAAUGACUGCAAAAUCAGCCAAUAAUUGCACAAAAACAUGUAAAUCAUCACUUGAAUUUUGUUUCUUGUCUUAAAAUCUUAGAGCACUUUUCUCAAGCUUGAUUUCUUUGAAAUAGUUUAGCUCAUCUGGAGGCAUGCACCUUUAAAGAAAUUAUAUGAUAUGAAAUGGGUUUUUUUGUGAGUGUUAUAACAUUUAUGGUCCCUGUGGCUGAUAGGUCAGGGUUGUAUCCAAUCCUUUAAAAGAGCAAUUUUUUUGGUCCUUUAAGAAAGCCAACAUGUAGGUCAAACAAAUGUUUCAACAUCACUGUACAUGUCUUUAUUGAUUGGAAAUUGCAUUCUGUAAAACAAGACACUUAAUAUCUUGAAGACUAGGUCAAAGUGUAGAUAUUUAUCUUGAAGACUAGGUCAAAGUGUAGAUAUAUGUAUUAGAAUUAGAAAAUUUGAUGUAAAUUGUAAUAGUUAUUCUAAAGUAAAUAGAGGCAUUUUUCAACUUGUAAAUCAAUUUGAUUUUUGUUGGAAUUAUGUAAAUUGAUAUUUUUCUCCCACUUUGUAAAUAGUAAUUUUUUUGUUUCGCAAGCCUUUAUUAACGACCCUAGUUAAUUUGUCUGUCUGUGAUAAGUGUCUGCCAUACUGUUUUGUAUAUAAUGUUUCAGAAAUCCACAGCAUUGUCUUAAUAUUUUAAGUGUGUUUUUUUAAUACACGAUCCGUGUUUUAAAGGUACUAUAUGCUUAAUUUUUGACAUGUUAUAAUUCAUAUGUAUGGCAUUUUAUGCAGGAAAAGAAGCGCUUUUUGUAUACUUUAUCUGACUGAAAAA